GCCCCCUCGUCGUGUCUGAAGCUCAAUUAUGCCAAAGCUCUUCGAUAUAAAGUUUCCAGGAGACUGUAGGACUCUUCCCGAGGGCUUCUGGUCAGCUAUAGAUGUGUGGAUAAAGAAACCCCACGUUGUAAACAAGCGUCUCUGCGGGGCUAAAGAGACGGAGAGUAAAGAUGUGGACGGGGAGGACGCGCGGUUCCUGCCGGGUGAUCCUGUCCCCGAACUCCCUCAUGAUGUGUUGUCCUUCCUGACCAGCAAGGCGUCACCUGCGCCGACGCACGCCAGGGACAAAAAACCCUGGUCCUCUACCGUCAGGACGUUUAUUCCCAAAGUAAACAGUUAUGGGACAAGCCUGCAUAAAGAAGCAGUCCUGAGAGACUUUGGCAGACAACAAGUGACCUUUCUUCCAUUGGAAGAGGAUGCAGGGGGGCAGGUGUCUCUGAAGAGGGGCAACAUCUACCAGAUUCAGCUCUGCAAUCAGGACUGUGAGGACUGGUCCUUGGAGCUGCACGUCUUGACUCCAGACGCGUGGUUCUCCGAUGGUGUGGCGUACCCCAGGCUGCCCUGGCUGUCCUCAGAUCUGCUGCCUAAACUGGUGCGUUGGGCCGCCGAGUGCAAGAGCUGCGAGUUCAAGAGCACCUUGUCCCUGCUGCCGGUGGAGAAGUACAGCCUGGUGUACCAGCAGCUGAAAGACAAGUACAAGGCCAUGGUCAAGGUUUGGCCUGAGGUGACAGAUCCUGAGAAGUUUGUCUAUGAGGAUGUUGCCAUUGCUACAUAUCUCCUGGUGCUGUGGGCUGAGGAGCGGGCAGAGAAAGGUCUCGCUGCCAGACAGUCCUUCGUGGACCUCGGCUGUGGAAACGGCCUCCUGGUUCACAUACUGACCAAUGAAGGGCACCCCGGGAAGGGUAUCGACGUCCGGAGGAGGAAGAUCUGGGACAUGUACGGCCCCCAGGCUCUGCUAGAGGAAAACGCAAUUACUCCCAGUGAGAGCUGCUUAUUCCCGGGUGCGGACUGGCUGAUUGGGAACCACUCGGACGAGCUCACGCCGUGGAUCCCCAUUAUAGCAGCCAGGUCAUCUUACUCCUGCCGGUACUUUGUCCUCCCCUGCUGUUUCUUUGACUUCUAUGGAAAAUACCAGAGGCGCCAGUGUAAGAAGUCUCAGUAUAAAGAAUACAUCGAUUUCAUCACUGAGGUCAGCCAUGUCAGUGGCUUCCACACUGAAGAGGACUGCCUGAGAAUACCAUCCACCAAACGGGUCUGUUUGGUGGGAAAGUCGAGAAACUACCAGCUAUCUGAUGAGGCCGAGGCAGAGCAACGAAGAACUCGUUACAUCCAGAGCCGACAAUCCACACCUGGGGUCACAGUUCAAGGGUCAGACAUCAGAAAUGAUGGGGACUGUUGCCAUGAGAAUGCAGACAGUGACAGGACCCCUGGGAGCAGCUGGGGAGCAGGGUUCCAGCCCCGAGACAGGGUUGAAAUUGUUCGAAACUGCUCCGCUCUCCCCCGGGACUUCGUUGAUGGUGUUGUCUUGCAGGUUGCUAAUGUUCUUCUGGGAAUGACUGUGGAUGAUGGCAGGGGGUCCUCCAGCGACUGGAACCGAGGAGGAAGCCUCUCUUUGAGCGAGACCGCCGGGCUGUUGGAGCAGGAAACCCUGCAGCUCCUGAAGAAGGAGUGUGGAGGCCUUCAGACGCUGCUCAAGAACAACCAUCAAGUCUUCAGAGUGGAAGGAGGGAGGGUGUAUAUAAGAGACUGGCGGGACAGGAAGUCUUCCAGGGCAGAUACCAAGAGGAAGCCUGUUGCUCCUGGCGCCAUGAAAACCCGUCCCUGCUGGUUUCACGCCCACCACCCUCAGGGCUGCCCUCUGCAGGCUGAACACUGUGCCUUCGCCCACGGCCCUGAUGACCUCCGACCCUCAACCAGACCUCUGAAGAAGAUAAAAAAUUAUGCUUUUUGAUGGGAUCAGUCCUCCUGAACACUUACGAUGAACUCGUUUUUUUUCCAUUUAUUCUUAAAUUGCUCCCAACAGAAAAUGAACCACUGAGUUCAAGCAACUAAACAUCGAUGAGUAAGUAGAUUUCCAUCAAAGGAUGAACCUGCUGUCAAAACCCACAUGUCUGCUCCUGCAGCCGCACAGAGAAAGACGUUUUGGUCAGAGCAGUGUGAGUUUUAUUGAUGUACUGUUACAUCAUUUCUGGGAAUUGCGGUCUUGAAAUUUCACAGUGUCCGCUCUCUCUUCUGUGUGAGCGAAGUCUGCCAAAAUGUGAUGCUUCCUGGUGGAGCUUCAGGUUUCACUGUUGGAGCUCGCUGGCACCCCUGGGAUAUCUUCUGAAGUUUAAUUUCAAAGGAUUCAUUUGCCUUUCUUUUUACUUAUUUAAGAAGUGGACCUUUUAUAAAGUUCAGAAAUCUGUAUUUACUGUAU